AUGACGCAAGACCUUGCAAGACUGCCGGGGAAGACAAAGCGACCGUUGUGUCGCAUCAUGGACGCGCAGGCGCUACGCCUCAACCACACACUAGUGACGUAUGGCGUGUCGUAUAUCUCGUUUAUCCCGAACGAGCUCCUCGAGAUGAUAUUUGUAGAGACAGUCAAAGCAACUAGACCAGAUGAAGACUACUCUUCUUUAUGUGCCCUCACCAGUCUACGCCUCCGCCCCAGGCCUGAGCUUUUGCUUGCGAGUGUUUCACAGCAUUGGAGAGCUGUAGCGCUCGCGAUGCCGUCUCUUUGGACAGAGAUCCAACUUUCCCUCCGCCAGAAUGUAGAUCUUGUCAAUCUUUACUUGACCCGCUCACAGGGUCAGCUGCUUGACAUGCGAUUCACUGGCAUUCAUCGUGAAUUUCACAGUCAGGGCUCGCCUGAGGUUGACCCAGAUUACUCGCGCAUAUCCCGCAUUAUUCUCUCACACAUUCAUGUCUGUCGCCGCUUGGAAGUUCACGGGGCUUUCCCAUUCCCCAAACUUCUAGAUGGGUUCAAGCGCAUAAAGGCUCCAAUGCUAGAAGAACUUAUUGUGCACUAUCCGCUUGAUAUCCCGAAUAGCAGACAUAUCUUGUUCACUGAAGACCUGUUCCUAUCUGCAGAUCGCCUUACAAUGCUUACCUUAAACGGCUUGUGGGUUUCCGGUCUUUCCCCUGAGAAUUUCAGCAACCUACUCUCUCAUCUCACUUCACUGACUUAUCUCACGCUAAUCGGUGAACCCGUGGAUUAUGUUCGCAGCAGGGAUAUCCCACUCGUCGAAUUACCUUUGCUUCGGACAAUGGUCCUAAAGCCUGGACCGAAUAUUUCUAGGACAUAUAUGCCUACCAUUUUCCGGGCAAUACGUGCCCCCGCACUACGCGAGCUGGUAUUGGAUUUCCACACUGCGACCUCAUCACGUGAUCUCCAGUCGCUCGUGGACAAGCUGAACCGUGGAGCACCGCCCUUCCCCUCCGUACGCCUUCUCACGUUGUGUAGCAGGUCCAUGGCACACGAUGGGUGGCAUGCCCUUGCUCAUGCAUUUUCAGGCAUAACGACACUCUCAGUCUCCAAAUGUAUCGUGAAUCAGUUGAUGGGCUUCCUCUCAUGUGCGGGGAGAAGAGAUGCAUUCCCGAAUUUGCGGACACUUUUGUUUGACGAUAUGCAGUUCGAGUGGUCGUUGCUACUCCAACUAUUGCAGAUCAGGGAGGCGGCGGGGAUGCCUGUCCGCGAGGUCAAGAUGAGGGGCUUUAAGAAACAUGCGCAGUCUGAACUAGUUCGGAAGUUCGUAGCUUCUCUUGCUACAUACUCUCCCGUUGUGAUUGGUUGGACUUGA